AUGGACGGUAUACUACUCAUUGAUAAGCCUACCGGGAUUACCUCGCAUAAAGUUAUUGAAAUUAUUCGGCGGAAACUAAGUAUCAAAAAGGUUGGGCAUGCUGGAACCUUAGACCCCUUGGCCACUGGCUUGUUGGUAAUUAUGGUAGGUCAAGCCACUAAAUUAAGUAAUUCAUUGAUUAGUCAAUUCAAAACUUAUGAAGUCGAAAUGAAAUUGUAUGUUGAAACCGAUACUGGUGAUAUCACCGGAAAGUUAACCAAAAGCGAAAAAGUGCGAGUAUUGGAAAAAAAACUGGUUCAAGUAGUUAUUGAUUCUUUUAAUGAUUAUGAAUAUUGA